UCAGAACCCUAAUUAAGGUGACAUUAGAUACGUUCUCUCCAGGAUGGACUUCCCCAGUGCUCUGAGCCCUUCGUUGUUUAUGGCUGGGCCUCUUGGCAUGACCGAUGGCCCUGACCUGUCCUUCAUGUGCAGCUGGAGGGAUGCACUGACCAUGCCAUGGUCUCAGCCUCAGAACUGCAAGGACGAGACAUUGCCCUUGGCCAAGAACCUGCUGUGGGAACCGACAACACCAGGGCCCCUCCCCCUGCUGCCUCCUGGUCCUGAUCCCUGGGACCCUGGUGUGACAGCUCAGGACCUCCUUUUCCGGGGAGGUCACUGCUACCAGUUCCGGUCUCAAGUUAUACUGGAUGUCGCUGAGCAGCUCAGCCGCUUCCUGUGGGACCACGGGGACAUAGCCUUUGCCCCCCUGGGGAAACUUAUGCUGGAGAACUUCAGACUGGCUGGGAGCCGGGGCCACUCGAAAAAGAUGACCAUAGUCAGCGUGAGGAAGCUGCUUCAGGACCUCGGUGGACACCAGCCGUGGGGGUGUCCCUGGGCUUUCCUUAGCCACCGGCUACGUCGCUUCUCCAUCCUCGGUGGUCCUGUCCUAAGCAGGUCAGUGUCAUUGCUUAUGGGGAAGCUGCUGCACGAAGAGCUGGCUUUGCGGUGGGAACAGUCGCUGCUGGAUGAGGCCUUCACUGGGGGCGCUUUGGCCUGGUUGCCAGGAAGGACAGCACGGGCUGGACAGCUGGUCUUUCCCAGUGGAGGUGCCUUGGACAAGCUGUAUUUCCAGGAUGUCAGUGUAAAGUCAGGUGGCAACCCCCGGGUCCUGGAGGACCCUGGGCACAUCCAGCUUCAGGGGCCCGUACGGCAGGUGGUGUCCAGCACUGUCCAGGGUGAAACGCUUCUGGCCGUCCGCUCUGACUACCACUGUGCCAUGUGGAAGAUUGACAAGCAGAGGCUACCAGCAGCCCUACAGGUGCUGCAGGUGGAGAAGGGGGCCACUGGUAUUAGCCUCAGCCCUCACCUGUCAGGAGAGCUAGCUAUCUGCAGCCGUUCUGGAGCUGUGUGUCUGUGGACCCCACAAGAUGGGCUGCAGCUAGUCUACAAGGACUCUGAGACGCUUGCCUUCCGUGAUCCAUCUCCCUGGCGCUGGGCAGACUUUACUGCCCACCCCCGGGUGCUGACUGUUGGGGACCGCACGGGUGUGAAAAUGGUUGACAUUCAGGGCCCCCCGGGCUGUGGGCUGAUGCUGUUCCGUGCCGGAGCAGAGGCUGCCUGCCAGAAAGGAGAGCGGGUGCUGCUUGCCCAGUACCUUGGUCAGCCAGGUCCUACCUGUACUCCCCUGCAUCUCAUCUGUACCCAGUUCUCUAUCUACCUGAUGGAUGAGCGCCUCCCCCUGGUGCCAAUGCUCAAGUGGGACCAUGGCCUGCCGUCUGCACCCCUGCUUGCUCGCCUGCUACCCCCAGCUAGCCCUGGCUGCCCACGGCCCCUGCUACUGGGGGGACAGCGUGGACAGCUUCAACUACUGCAUAUAACAGGAGAGGGGACCUCCAUACCCAAGCUGGCAGGGCCUCCUCAGUCUCUGCCUUCCAUCACGGACUCCCUCUCCGCCUUUCCCCUACUGGAACCCAAGCAGCAGCAGCAGCUGCAGGAACGUUUGGAGGCACCAGUCAUAGGUCUGGCCGCUGCCCCACCCUGUGCCUCUGCCCCAGGGCUGUUGCUCUUCCAGCUCUCAGCAGCUGGAGACGUCUUCUACCAGCAGCUACGCCUCCAGCCAGCCUCCAGUCUUGGACAAGAGCCACCUGACCACCUAGCACCAGAGUGCCAUGCACCCAGGGCAGCAGCACUUUCUGUGGAGCAGCAGUCUAUACCCUCUUGGACCCCUCAGGCCAGUGCCCGUUGCAGCCGCUGGCUGGAGGGCCUUCUGCAGCUAUCCCCAACUCAUCCUGUGUGGACCGCCCCCACCUUCUCCCACCGCCGUUUUCUGGGCCCCAUGGAGCUACAGAAGAGCGAGGAGAGCAUGUCACAGAGGCUCCGAGCAGCUAUGGCCAAGGGGCAGCUCCUGAGGCCUGCGGAUCUGGGUACACUCCCCAAGGCAGAGCCGCCCCCUACACCUGAGUGCAGCCAUCAGGAUGAGCUCACUGAGCGCUUGGCAGAAGCCUGGGAAGGCCAGGCAGAUGCCUGGUGGAAAAGACAUCUAGGUCAGAGCUCAGAGCCCCAGAAACGGACCAAGCGGCCUAAGCACCGGACUCAGCUGUCUAGCACCUUCUCCUCCUUCACGAGCUGCUUGGACUUCCCAGCUACCAGCAGUGCCCCUCGUAGCCAAGUCCUCUCUACCUCAGAGACCUUGCCUUCACCUCCAGGGACCCUACCUUCCCAGGCGUUAACACAGGAGCGUGAGUGCCGAGAGACACUCCAGGCCUACAAGGCCAAGCCGCCACUUGAGAAGGACACUCCAGGACCUGUGGCCUCGCCACCCUCCCAGUCCUCCAGCCAAUGGGCCAUGCCCUUCAGGCAGAAAACACCUGUCCUCUCUGGCUCUCACCCUCCCCGAAAGAGGCCACGAAUGGGCUUCUGA